AUGGCCAAUUCGGCCGGCGUGCGCAACGUGUGGGGUGGUGGAUGUCUAAUCUCUGCCAUUGCGCUUAGCGCCGCCACCAUGCCGCUUCAAGACCAUGGCAAGGAACGGAUCCACCGAGACCGGAUCAACGCGAAAAUUGUCAACGCAAGAUGCCAACGCUGUUGCACUCAUGCGCGCAACACGCAGAAAUCGGCGAAAUGGCCGCAACAGGCAUGUACCCCACCCAGGGCCACCACAGCCGUCGGCCGCCCAACGCGGACUGACCACGAGUGGGAACUCUGCGCGUGCAUCUGCUGUUCGCAGAGUCGAUGCGGUCCUGUUCAACCGACGGUCCUCGUUGCACAGAGCAGUCGGCUUCCCGGGUAG